AGCUACUUGGUCCACGGCCUGACGAUGAGGCUCCACUUCGUCGCGCUGGUCGUUUUCGCCACAGCGGCAAGCCUGUGCCAUGCGGGGUCCCUGCUGCUGCACGAGAGACACUUCGCUGACGACGAAGCUUACAUCGUUGAUACACUCAAGGACAUUGGAAGAACACUAAAAGACCAGUUCCUCGUCAUUGGCAGCCAAAUACAGAACAAGACUCAAGAAUUGAAGGAAGCCGUUGGAAAUCACGCUCAGCAAGUAAAAGAACAACUCAAGGCUCUGGGAGAGCAGCUGAAGAAAUCCCGCGACGCACUUGCGAAGAAGCUUUUCGAACUCUUCAGCCCUGCAAAAUACACUGACUCCAAUGGUAACAUCUUCCAAAUUAUAGCAUCCCUCACCAACCUAAGAGCGAAGCUUGAGAACUUCCUGAAAGAAGUUCACUUGACUACCGGCGAGAAGUGGGAAAAGCUGAAAGCACUCAUCCACGAACUGCGCAGCGAGAUCAGGCAGAAAGUGCAAGAACUUCUCCAUGGUUCCAGUGCCCCAGCCCCCUACACGGCUCUCGACGAGUUUGGAUAUGACGACGACGAGGCUUACAUCGUUGAUACACUCAAGGACAUUGGAAGAACACUAAAAGACCAGUUCCUCGUCAUUGGCAGCCAAAUACAGAACAAGACUCAAGAAUUGAAGGAAGCCGUUGGAAAUCACGCUCAGCAAGUAAAAGAACAACUCAACGCUCUGGGAGAGCAGCUGAAGAAAUCCCGCGACGCACUUGCGAAGAAGCUUUUCGAACUCUUCAGCCCUGCAAAAUACACCGACUCCAAUGGUAACAUCUUCCAAAUUAUAGCAUCCCUCACCAAUCUAAGAGCGAAGCUUGAGAACUUCCUGAAAGAAGUUCACUUGACUACCGGCGAGAAGUGGGAAAAGCUGAAAGCACUCAUCCACGAACUGCGCAGCGAGAUCAGGCAGAAAGUGCAAGAACUUCUCCAUGGUUCCAGUGCCCCAGCCACCUACACGGCUCUCGACGAGUUUGGAUAUGACGACGACGAGGCUUACAUCGUUGAUACACUCAAGGACAUUGGAAGAACACUAAAAGACCAGUUCCUCGUCAUUGGCAGCCAAAUACAGAACAAGACUCAAGAAUUGAAGGAAGCCGUUGGAAAUCACGCUCAGCAAGUAAAAGAACAACUCAAGGCUCUGGGAGAGCAGCUGAAGAAAUCCCGCGACGCACUUGCGAAGAAGCUUUUCGAACUCUUCAGCCCUGCAAAAUACACCGACUCCAAUGGUAACAUCUUCCAAAUUAUAGCAUCCCUCGCCAAUAUAAGAGGGAGGCUUGAGAACUUCCUGAAAGAAGUUCACUUGGCUACCGGCGAGAAGUGGGAAAAGCUGAAAGCACUCAUCCACGAACUGCGCAGCGAGAUCAGGCAGAAAGUGCAAGAACUUCUCCAUGGUUCCAGUGCCCCAGCCACCUACACGGCUCUCGACGAGUUUGGAUAUGACGACGACGAGGCUUACAUCGUUGAUACACUCAAGGACAUUGGAAGAACACUAAAAGACCAGUUCCUCGUCAUUGGCAGCCAAAUACAGAACAAGACUCAAGAAUUGAAGGAAGCCGUUGGAAAUCACGCUCAGCAAGUAAAAGAACAACUCAAGGCUCUGGGAGAGCAGCUGAAGAAAUCCCGCGACGCACUUGCAAAGAAACUUUUCGAACUCUUCAGCCCUGCGAAAUACACUGACUCCAAUGGUAACAUCUUCCAAAUUAUAGCAUCCCUCGCCAAUAUAAGAGCGAGGCUUGAGAACUUGAUUAAAGAAAUUCCUUCUGCUACCGGCCAGAAGUGGGAAACGCUGAAGGCGCUCAUCCAGGAACUGCGCAGAGAAAUCAGAGAGAAAAUUCAGGAACUUCUUAGUAAGAAUGUAUAUGCCUCCAAAAGUGGCAAAGCCGAAGACGAAGUACGGAGGAGCUCCCCUUUGGCAGAAAGGGCGCUCUCCUUAGCGACAAGAAUGUUCUCGCUCAGGUGGCGUUUGGCUGUACUACUGAAGGAACUGGAUGAGGGACAGGAAAAAUUUGAUGAUGUGAAGUCGAAGAUUGAACGCUUGCGUAAGGAAAUCAGGUACCAGGUUGGGCUCUAUUUUAAUCGAACCAAGGUCCAACCCACAUUUUACUACGCGUCCGAUGAUGAUGACAAAGAGGUUUACGUUACAGAUACGCUCAAGAAUGUUGCUCUUACUUUGAAAGAGAAAUUUCUUGUCCUUGGAGAAAAGAUCAAGGCCAAACUUGCUGAGCUUAAGGUAGCUGUUGGAGAGCGCGCACUUUUGAUCCAAGAGCAGCUGAAGGUCCUUUAUUCGCAGCUUCAACGGGCCAGGGAAGAUCUAAAGAAGCAGCUUUUCGAACUUUUUAGGCCUGCAGCAUAUGCAUCUUUCCAAGAGACUGCUGCUAAAACUUACGAAAAAUUAAAUGUAAUUAGACAAAAGCUUCUUAAAUUCCUUGAAGAUGUCAGAACCCUUACUUGGGAGAAAUUGGAAAGCACUAAGGAGGUUAUCGCUGAGCUGCGCGAAGAGAUACGCCAGAGGGUGCAAGAGCUGCUCGUAGGACAAACGGGUGUAGCCAUGUACUUGGCUGAAGACACUGUUCCCAAGGUAAGCGUGAUAAACACGCUGAAGCAAACAGCGAAAACAUUGAAAGAGAAGUUUCAAACACUCGGGCAGAAAAUUAAAGCUAAAGUUGCCGAGCUCCAAAAAGCGGUUGGGGAGCAAGCUGUCCUUGUGAAGCGGCAGUUAGAAUCUCUGAAGUCGCAGUUUAACAAAGCCCACAGUGAUCUCAUGGAGAAGCUCUUCGCGCUGUUCAGACCUGCGCAGUAUGGCGCUCUUAACGAAGCCCCAGAAGAGGAACAGCACCUCUCGCUGCUGAAACUGAAACUGCAGCGCCUCCUUGCUGCAACUGGAGCCUCCCCUGCAGAAGAAUGGCCUGCCUUGGACGACGCAGUUUAUGAGCUGGACCAGGAGAUUCAAACGUAUGUCAAGAAGUACCAGUAGGCAGAGUUGUAUAAACAAUCUACAUUCGCUCUGCUGCUCUUUCUUCAAAUGGAUCGUAGAGUUUCACUCUUGAACAUUAUUGAUUUAAUAAACUUAUUUACAGUGUA